AAAACGGCGGGCGAGUAAAUUAUACGUUUAACACGCUUAAUUUACGUUGUUUCAGUAAAUUAAUUGUAAUUUAAAGAAUACUCUGUGCAUAUCUUCAACUAUUAUGAUUUGUUACACACGUGUGAAGUAAAAAAGACGGUUUAUUUGUGCCUAGUUCGAUGUAUUGAUUUUUCACGAACUGAGUGUUAGCUUGUAAUUAAAUGGCUAAGCAAGUAGCGGACGUGCAGAUUCAUGCUUCGGAGAUCAAUAACUUGUAUGACGAUUUGGACGUUAGCGUUGAUCAGAUUGAUGAUGGCCUGUAUUUAGGUAACCUAGCCUGUGCAAGGGAUUACAAGAUGCUGGAACGCCUGGGCAUCACUCACAUCCUGACCAUUGAUCUGGUGCCACUACCAAGGAGUAUCCUAGACCGGACCGGGCUCACCUUCAAAUAUAUUAAAUUGGCUGAUGUUCCCAAGGAUGACCUCAUCAGCCACCUGCCUGACACCAAUGCGUUCAUCAAGCAAGCCAUUGCCAACGGAGGCACCGUGCUGGUACACUGUUAUUUCGGCGUGUCCCGCUCAGCUGCCGUCGUUAUAGCCUAUAUAAUGGAGAAGUAUGGCCUGUGCUAUGAUGAUGCUUUGGCCUUGGUCCGCACUAAACGAAACUUUGUGCACCCCAACUUGGGCUUCGAAGCACAGUUGAAGUUGUUCGGCCACAUGGGCUACAGAUUGAACAAGGAUGAUCCACGGUUCAAGCAGUUCCGGCUUAAGAUGGCAGGACAGAAGUUAAAACAAGUGAAAAUCCUCCCCCAACUGUUUGCGGAUCUGGUGAAGCCGGACCCUGGUCUGAUCCGUGAGAGGCCAGACCCCAUCGUGUACCGCUGCAAGAAGUGCCGCCGCAUCGUCGCCAGCCAGAGCAAUAUCAUCCCACAUAUACCGAAACAGGUAAAAAUCGAAUUGGCAAAGAAAGGUAUCCGGCCUCCGCCCAGCAAACUCACAGGCCUGAACUGCGCAGAGAACGGGCAGAUACUAAUCGAGAAACUGAAGAGCCUGGCCUGUCAGAUCAUGGACUCGAAUGUGGCCGUGGAGGAGGAGUCCAGCAGUGGGCACAGUGGGAAUAGCGCCAGCCCCGGCCAGAGCCACAGCCAACGCAGUCAGAACGAGUUGCAGGAGCUCGAAGAGGGGUCUAGUCAGGUAAGAUGGGAUAUUAUUUAUAGCCAACUAUAACUAUAGUGGCAAAGAGUCGAUGUGUGUAUAUGGGUUGUCUUCGAUAUCUAUUACUAAGUUUAUCAACUUCAUCUUUUCUAUCUAUGGCUUCGUCGUUUUACGCGACGAUUUCGCCAACGUCAGGUUUGAAAGACUAAUUUAUUAAGGACUCAGUGCGGUGGUAAGAUAAAUUGCCGGUUAUUAAAAUACUUAAUCGCUUAUUA